UGCAGAUUUGCCUGGUGCCAGGCAAUCUUGGAUUCGAAAUUGGUGAACCGGAAGCUACCGGGUCCGUAGUCAGGCAAGGUGAACUUCAGUCUCGGAUCGAAGACUGUUCAAAGUGCUUGCUGCAAUGCUGGUUCCUGAACGUGGGGAAGGUCACAGGUGCUUUGCAGGUUGAGCUGUGUAUACCUAGGCAUCUUCGACACGAGCAGAAGUUGUUGGGCGGUAUUGAAUACCUAUUUCGUGCACACGAGGGCGGUGGUCUGUCUUUCCUCCAAGCAUCGUGACUGUGGAAACGGGCCAAGCCCGUUCUGCUUGCCUGCAGCCCGAGGCUCGUUUGAGGUGGCUGUCCUAAGUCUAGAAAAGAAGACGGCCUGUUCAUGCACAACAGCGAACACCGUGGGCUAAUCUGCAAGCUGAAAGGACUAGAGCUGAGCUCGUUUGAGCUUAUUUUUAAAUUGAUUGGGCUUUGCUGUGCGUUGACAAUCGGGAGCACCCAUCUGCUUGGAUCUGGGUCCGGCAAGCAGUUUUUGCUAGUCUGGGAAAAACAGAAAGGUUCCAGAUCUAGGAGGUCUGUUUCAUUGAACGUUGUUCGGGCCUUCUGCAAUCACAACCCUUUUUGAAUCUUACAUCAGCUCUGAAGCAGGGCUUCAGCAGGGGGUGGCCCGUCGCAAUCGUAGCAGUCAACGAGUGGCCGGCAGUUGGUGAGGUACCAAAGCCUCCUGCGGUCCGCGCAAAACAGACUGAAGCAAAAGUUUUCGGGUUCUAGUUCAGCAAAAGGGACACACGCGCACAGCUCCCGGGGGCCCAGCCCCCAGCCUGGUGGAGGCAAAGAAGGAGCCCCCCCAAAUGGCGGCCUUGCUGGCGCUGGCGGUUGUGCUUUUGGGUGCGCUCUGUGGAGUCGCCGAUGGGCAGGCUGUGCAGACCUACAGCCAGUCCGGGGGGCCCAAGCAUGAGAACGCGUAUGCAACAAUAUUGUACACGGGCACGGUUCGCGACUAUGAGUUCUACAUUGCCACACGAGUCAUGCUCAAAUCGCUUCAGAGUUUCCACCCAAAAGCAGAUACCGUAAUCCUGGCGUCGGUGGGCGUGCCGGUUCCCUGGUUGAACAAGCUGGCUGAAGAGGGCCAUCGCAUUGUGGUCGUGUCCGACGUCCCGAACCCCUUUGCAAGUCCCGAAUCGCAUUUCCAGCACCGCUUCCUGCACACGUUCAACAAGCUGCUCGGCUGGAGCCUCACCGAGUACAAGCGCGUUGUCAUGCUAGACGCCGACAACCUGUUUCUGCAGAACAUUGAUGAGUUGUUCCAGUGCGGCAAGUUCUGCGCGGCGUUCAUCAACCCGUGCACGUACCACACGGGGCUCUUUGUGCUGGAGCCAUCCAACGCCACUCUGUCCAACAUGCUCAGCCGCAUCGCCUCCACUCCCAACCGCGACGGCGCCGACCAGGGCUUCCUCACGGAGUACUACCCCAACACCAAGAUGCUGAUGUCACCCAUGUUCGAUGCCCCCGUGGACGGCUCGGUGCUCGACGGAGAGAUGUACCGGUUGCACUUUGGUUACCAGAUGGACGCUGGGUACUACUACCUGAGCCACGCGUGGCACAUCCCGUGCCCCAACAAGGUGGUUACUUUCCCGUCCGUCCCCCUGCUCAAGCCCUGGUACUGGUGGUCCUAUCCCGUGCUGCCACUUGGCACCUGGUGGCACCAGCACCGCUGGGACUACGUCGGCUAUGGCCACGAGGUUCCCGCGCUCGUGCUCCAGGGCACGCUCUACCUAGUUGCCCUCAUCUUCUCGCUCUGCCUGCGCCGCAAGUGCUUCGCCGACUGGCAGAAGGACGGCGUCAAGCCGUGCCUUGGGAACCGCUGCGGCUCGGAAAGCGAUUGGCUGAACCCGGUGAGGGUCCUCGUCGGCGCGAUCAUCACCCCGUGGACGCUCAAAGUGGCGGUCGCGGGCGCGCUGCUGCUCGCGCUCGCGGUCCCGGCGUACUGGAUCCCGACCACCGUGCACCCGUUCAUGGCGUGGCCGAUAUAUUUCCUCGGCGCGCUCGCGCUGACGUCAGCGGUCCUCGCGGCGUUCCCGACGCUCCCGGUGCUGCCGGCGCUCACGCCGUGGCUGAUCGUUUUCCUGAUCUGGUCCGACAUGGCGAACCCGUACUGGCCGAACAUCUUCCAGAAGAUAUUCCUGGGGUGCGUGCUCGUUGCGGCGAUCCUGAGUCCCUUUUUGCUGUGGGCGGCGCUGAGGCUGAGCAAGUGGGCGGACGGCGUGUUUGAGAGGAUCGGCGAGCGGGAACCGCUGAUGGGGGGGAUCAUCAACCGGACCAAGUCGGAGCCGGAGGCGUGCAUCAGCAUGGCCAAGCUGUGCUGAUCCUGAGGGAAUGGUUAGUUUGCGGGUUAGGGGAGGUUGCAGUGCGGCUUUAGUUGGGUUUGGGAGAGGUUCUUGGGAGUGGAGAGUCCUGAUUCGGAAUUGGCGGGAUGGAACGGCGGGCGUGGCGCAAGUUUCAGUUGGUGGUGUGAUCUCCGUUGUUGUUGAAGCUGUGGUUUUGGAAGCAGAGGCGUUGGUUAUUGACGGUAUUCCUUGGACGGGUUUUGACAUCGUGGAAAGGGAGAAAAAGUCAAAAGAGGACAACAGUGAGUAACAUGCGUUGGGGGGACGUGGCAAGUCGAGGGGUCAGCUAGAGUCUUGGAGAAGCAAGGGCCUGAAGAGCUUGAGAGGGGAACCUAGUCGGGAAAGCGCUGGUUAAUCUGGUCGGGUCAGAUACUAUAGGUGGCUGGGCUCGAAAGAGCUUCAUGGAUCUUCGUAGGAUCGCGCAUUGCGGCAUUCCGAAUAUUGGUCUUAAUAAGGUACGUUGUUCUGAAGGUCGGUCAGAUCCGCCCACGUUUUGAGCAGUUCACUAGUACGUCUGAAAGUCAGUCAGGUUCCUAUCCUUUCAGUAUCCAACAGUCUGGGUUGUUGGAAAACGUUCAACGAAGUUGACAUAUGUAAAGGUUCAGAGCGAUUGCAGUCGUUAUCGUGCCAUUCCUCCACGAUUUGCUUUUCAUCGAAACGAUGUCUCGG